AUGUCUGUAGAAUACUUUAAGAAACGAUCCACUAUACUGUUAGUAGCUAGCUUUCAAUAUUUUCAUGAGAUUUCCAUGCAGGUGGAAGCAAUAUCAACCGAGAAAUCAGUGAACCACUAUACUGUUAGAGAAAGCUCUCAACAUACACGAUUGGAUUUUCAUGCAAGUGGAAGUUGUAUCGAUACAGGAAUCCGUGUAACAUAUCCCAAUUGUAUGUAUACAUCGCCCAUAGGAAAACUGUUAAGUCAUAAAACAUUGAUAAAUAAACGAACCACUAUACUGUUAGUAGAAAGCUCUCAACAUACACGAUUGGAUUUUCAUGCAAGUGGAAGUUGUAUCAAUAAAGGAAUCCGUGGAAUUUGUAUGACUUGGAGCAAAUUUCUAUCAGAGGCAGUAUAG